UGGUAUUAUCACUCCAGAGUCCAGGCUAUAAAACGCGUAUUUGAAGAAAGAACAAAGAAUCAGAAUCUAUAUAAGAGCCCGUAAGAAGCUGCGCCGUCACUUUUCAGGCUGAAGAGAAAGCUGAAGAAAUCUGUCCACGGGUCCAGAAGAUGAUGAUAAUGAUGCAGAUUUCUGUCCUAUCUUGCGUCUUUACGCUGCAAUGCCUCCGAAGCAUGCAUUGUUCGCCAGUGCCCGAAGCAAUCAGGUACAAAGCGACGCCGGGAUGGCUCCAGAGGUUUGAUCUCCAUGACCUAAAGAAGAGAGGAAGAGUGGCCCAUCCUCAGGACACACUCAAAGACACCGCCUUGGCCAUAGGAGACCCUGUAAGAGCAGCACUGGUAACUAACAAUACUGAGGAGUCUAACCACCCCCGGUGUGGCGUCCCUGACUACCCCACACUGAAGGAUGUCAUCUACAGGGGGAGACACAGGCAGAAACGCUUUGUCCUGUUUGGGGGGCGCUUGGAGAAAACUGACCUCACCUACAAAGUGGUUCGUUUCCCCUGGCAGAUGAGUGAAGACAAAGUGCGGCGUGUCCUGCUGGAAGCCCUGAGAGUGUGGACUGAGGUCACACCCCUCACAUUCACUGAGGUCAGCAGUGGAAAGGCUGACAUUGUCAUUGACUUCACUAGUUACUGGCAUGGAGAUAACCUGCCCUUUGACGGCCCUGGGGGCAUUCUAGCCCAUGCCUUCUUCCCCAAGACCCACAGGGAGGGCGACAUCCAUUUUGACUAUGAUGAGGCGUGGUCCCUUGGCAACUACAUGGGCACAGACCUCCUCCAAGUGGCGGCUCAUGAGUUCGGGCAUGUUCUUGGCCUGCAGCACUCCCAGGAACCGGGCGCAGUGAUGUCCCCCUAUUACAGCUUCUCCUAUCCCCUGGAGCUGAGCGAGGAUGACAAGCUGGGGAUCCAAUACCUGUAUGGCCCUCGUCCACAUGUCCAGCCCCCAUCUCCACCCCAACCACUGCCACAAAUCACCACAGAUACCAAUGAGAUCAUUAGUAGUAUUCCUGACGCCUGCCAGACAGACUUCGAUGCUAUGUCUAUGAUUCGCGGAGAGCUGUUUUUCUUUAAGUCACGCUAUGUGUGGCGCAUUCGGGAGGGGCGGCUGGAAGCAGGCUACCCCGCGCUGGCAUCCCGCCAUUGGCGGGGGAUUCCAGAGAGUAUUGAUGCAGCCUUUGAAGACCAAUCAGGGAAUGUCUGGUUCUUUCAAGGUCAAAGCUACUGGGUGUUUGAUGCAGAGAGACAGAUCACAGGGCCAGACUCUGUGCAGAGCCUCGGCCUGUCAGUCUCCCACAUCCAGGCAGCUCUGCGCUGGGGCCAGGACAACAACUACAACACCUACUUAUUCAAGUCAGGCAGCUACUGGAGGUUUAGCCCCAAGGAGAACCGCGUCGACUCUAUCUACCCUCGCAACAUGCAGGACUGGCGCGGCAUCCCCAGUGAUGUAGACGCAGCCUUCAAGGACCAAUAUGGCUAUGCCCACUUUAUCAGAGGGAGGCAGUACUGGAAGUUUGAUCCUGUGGAGAUGAAUUCACUACAGGGGUAUCCUCGCUAUUUUCACAUGGACUUCUUUGGUUGCAGAAAUUUUCUUCUGACCAUGGCUCACAGCUUCACUCAAGAAUAUUUCCAGAUUCCUUCCGUUACCAGAGCGUACACUACAGCUUGCGUUUUGACUACAGCAGCGGUGCAAUUGGAGGUAAUCACCCCAUUUCAGCUUUAUUUCAACCCAGACCUUAUCAUUAGAAGAUACCAGAUAUGGCGACUGAUCACCAACUUCCUCUUUUUCGGCUCACUUGGAUUCAGUUUUUUGUUCAACAUCAUCUUUCUGUAUCGUUAUUGUCGUAUGCUGGAGGAAGGGUCUUUCCGAGGCCGCACUGCAGAUUUUGUAUAUAUGUUCCUGUUUGGGGGUGUCCUCAUGACUCUGUUUGGCCUCUUUGCCAACCUAUUCUUCCUGGGCCAGGCAUUCACCAUCAUGCUGGUGUAUGUGUGGAGUAGAAGGAAUCCUUACAUACGCAUGAACUUCUUUGGCCUUCUGAACUUCCAGGCACCGUUUCUGCCCUGGGUGCUCAUGGGAUUCUCAUUGCUGCUUGGCAAUUCCAUUGUCGUUGACCUUCUAGGAAUCGGAGUAGGACACAUCUACUACUUUCUGGAAGAUGUGUUUCCAAACCAGCCUGGAGGCAGGAAGCUGCUGAUGACACCAGAACUUCUUCGAACUGUAUUUGACACCCCAGAGGAAGACCCCAGCUACUUCCCACUCCCUGAGGAGCAGGCUGGCGAGUUUAGGCAUGAUGGAGGGGAGCCCAAUGACCAGGGGCAGUAGCAUGGGGACCAAAUAAACUCAAGAAAUACUCCCAGCCCCACUGAAGAAACCAGGAGCCAUCCAGCUGUGGAUAGAGGGUUCACUCCUCAGAGGGAUGUGGAUGAAGAGUGGAGCAACGUACCAUCUGUACAGUUCAGUGUGUCCACUGGGAGCCACCGUAGUGAGUUUGUUGCAGACUUCUCUUUCACCGAGUGUUGUAACUAGAAAUGUCAAAUGCAAUCAGAGGCCAAUGUGCAUCGCAACCUUUCCAUCACCACAUGCAUUUCUGGCUGUGGUACUAAUGGCACACAACCAUUUGCCAUUUCAAACAGAAUCACACCUUUUAAAUACAGGUGCAAACAAAAUUCUUGCCUCGUCUUUGUUAUUGACCUGCUGCUCGACUCAUUCAUAAAUCUGCCGACUAUCUGGAAUCCUGUUACCGAGGGAACCUGCACCGUCUGCACUUUCCAACUAUUGCCUUUGUGGGUGACGCACUGCUGCCAAAUAGAAAUGGCUUAGCACACCACCAACAACUGGGUUGUGCCGGGUGUUGUAAGCGUGAACAAAGCAUGCAAAACAGCCCAACAACUAUGUAAUAAGGCAGCAAACAUAUUUUUACUCCCUAAAUUAGUUUAAUAACCUUUCAUUUGAUUGUAUGGUCACUAUGAUUUAAUGCAAUUUACAAAGACAUAACACUUAUCAAAAGCAAUCAAGAUAAUUUCACUUUUAUUUUUGUAAGAAUUAUUCAAAUGUACAAAAAGACAACAAAUACAACAUAACAGAAUAUA